CGACGCGGCUGUACUGGAAUAUGAAUUCGCUAGUCCUAAAGCGGCCCACAUGUCUCCAAAGAACUCAGGCCCUCAAAGCCAAACAGGAAGCGGGAUCCGCUCAGCGAUCGACACUUUUCUCGGAAGCACUCGAUCGCAAACCAGUACCGGUGGUGGCGGAGGUUCCUUUGUUCACGCGCUAACGACCGACACUCCGCAGUUAGCUUAUCCUCAACCGUCAGAAUGGGGCAGGAGGCCGAAAGGCGGUAUGAGUCGACAAGAAAAGCAUCUUAGCACACAAACACAGGGCAGUACCCUGGAAGCGGAUAAUGUGCUGGAAGGCAUGAUGAAUUCGUCUGCUACGCCAGACUAUUCAACAACCUCGCAUACGAAUAUGUUUGGAACUCAUCCAUUUAGUGCGCCGAGCGCACAUAGAUAG